GACAUAUGAUUGGUUACUUACGAUCGUUACCGUUGCAAACACGUGCAAGAAUGUUUUGUUUUGUUUUUCCAAGGAAGUGUAGCGCGAACUUAUAUUUUCCUGUUUAUCGGAACGGAUGGAACCAAUGUGUCAAACGCAUGUCAUGUUCGAUGUUUCUAGUUUACUUUUGUAAACGAGGGAGAACUUCAGUAACAUAACAACAAGUAUAGGAACACAUUCCGCUCCAUAUUUUACUCUAUGAUAUUUGGAAACAUGCAAGAACAUAUCACACUUUAUGACUUAUUUGAUCGUUGCUCGCUCGCAUCUUUUCGUGUAAUAUAUUAUUAUGAUGAUUUAAACAAACAUAUUUUGACAAGCAGUGAGUUAUAUGAGAGUAUUAAUGAAAUUUCGACUGCUCUUACUUCAAUUUCAGCUUCGAAAUCAAUUGUUUGCUGUCUGUUUCAAUCAAACCUCUUAUUGCCAUCUGUCAUUUUGGGAAUCCUGAAAGUGUCAUCAUCUUUUGCAUUUUUGGAUAUUCGUAAUCCGUUGCUUUCCCUACAGAAUCUUCAAAAAUAUGUGCCCAUUUCAACUAUAUUUAUUGAAGAUAUUCUUUUAGAGAACUUUAAAAAUCAGCUGUGUUUUUGUUGGGAAAAGAAAUCGAAUGAAUUUUUGAUGAAAUCAAAGAUCUGUAUACUGCAGUCAUCUAAUUGUAAUGCUGACUCAUGCUCAAGAUCAAGAAUGUUAUACAAAAACUUUCAGAAGCAUAGUUCACAAUUAGCUUAUAUUAUGCAGACUUCUGGCACUACUGGUGAGCCAAAAAUUGUUCAAGUGCCCCAUCAUUGCAUAGUGCCAAAUAUUUUAGAUCUCAGGUUAGUUUUCUAAUUUAUGCACCCAAAACAUAGUUGUGCAAAUUCCCCCUUUUUUUCUCCUAAUUUUUUAAUAUUCUAUUCAAGCAUAGAAUUUUUAUUUUACUAUAUAAAUGAAUCUACAAGUAUUUUAAUACUAGUACAUUUUUCUUUCAGUGAAAGUAGAUUAACCUUUUCCAGGGGUCUGGGAAAUGUAUCAUAUGUUCACUACAUUAAAUGAGUCACAUAUGUUCACCACAUUGAAAGAAAUUUAGUUUAUUAUGAAGAUUUAAAAUUUGCUGUGUAAUACGGAGCAGGAAAUGGCAAAUUGUGGUUAUUUAUUUUUCUUUGCUGAUGGAAUAGUUGAAAAAGUGGCUUCAGUAAAUUAAAAAAAAAAAAAAAAAAAAAAAAA